UCAAUUGUGACUUAUGUUAGCUAACAGAUUGUUGUGCAAAGUGGCGAAAGAUAAAAAAAAAAAAUAAGAAUAAAAUAAAAGUAUGUCCGCGCGAGGUUUAUUGUUGAUGGGGCAAUGUAUGCCCUGCAUUAAACAAAAUGCAUCCAAAAUACGGAUUCGUCGUAUGGAACUGGAUAAGAACUUAAAUAUGUAUUUUAAAAAGGAUGAAUUCUACUUCGCCCAUGACCCUCAAAAAGUGUGUAAGACCGGUGAUGUGGUCCUGAUCCGUGAGCUUCCCGAGCGUCUUACGCGCCUAAUCACACACGCGGUGGAAAAGGUUGUCUAUCCGCUUGGUGACAUAACAGAUCCCAUCACCGGCAAGAAGGUUGUUGUCGGCAAGUACCGUGAGGAUAUUGAAAUGGCCAAUCAAUUAUUUGGCAAAUCGGAGAAGGCCUUCGAUUAUGACAAAGCUCCCCCACGUGGUCGCCUUGAGGGCACGAAGGACUUUACUCAUGGCGAAACGUACAUCAAAUACCAUGAAGAUGGCAAGGAUCAGCCAUUCGGAGUGUGAGCUUUAUGCCAUUUUUAUGUUUAGAGUUUGUUAAGUAUGUAAUUUGUUUUCAAUAGUAAAAGUGUUUUUUUCUAUGAAA